AGAAUAAUGAUGUUAAUUUAGAUGAGUCAGAAUCUAAUGAUAUAGAUUUUAAUAAAGAUUUACCUCAGUCUCUUACAUUAUCACAAACUAGCAUUCAACCUUUAGUUAAUGAAAAUUCACCUUAG